AUGGCCACUGUGAGGAUUCCGGAGCUUAAAGUGAUUCUAUGUGGUGAAUACGGAGUAGGAAAAAGUUCUAUUUUCAGGAGAUUUACUAAUAAUACAUUUGUUAAAGCUACAGAUAGAAAGUCUACUUUAGGACUGGAUCAUUUCUAUAGAACUUUCUACGUUUAUGAUAGAGAAGUAAAGCUGCAGCUUUGGGAUACGGGGGGCAUGGAAAGAGUAGCGUCGAUUACUUCCAGCUAUUAUAAGUUCGCGGAGGCAGCUAUUCUGGUGUUUGCCUUGGACAAUCCAGCGUCCUUUCAUGUUCUCUCUCAGCACUUAUUGGAUAUUGUCACCUAUGCCGAGAAUGCCAGAAUAUUUUUGUGCGGGAAUAAAUCCGACUUGGUUGGUAAUGUUCCUCAAAUCACCGACUCAGAAAUAGAGUCAUUUUGUGAACAGUGCCACAAUUUGGUAUCGGGGAUUUACAAGACUUCUUGCAAAACGGGCGACGGUUUGGAGGAAAUGUUUGCGGACAUUGCCCAACAGUUGGCCAAUUCGAAUCGGUCGAGAUUGGAAUUGCAGUCCAUGGAACAGCACGGUUUCAAGAUAACACCUUACGAAGAUGAACCCGAUGAAGACGGUUGUCUGUGUUAG